UAUGAAAAUUUUAUAUUUUAUUUUAACCUUGAAAUUUGAAACUAACUCAUUAAGUAUUGAUUGUGUUUCAUAAUAUUUGAAAUUAAAUUAAAAACGUUUCAAAGAAUAAUAAACAUCUUCAUUACUUGUCUUUAUUUGAAAAUCGAAACAUAAUAACUAUGAAUACGAAAGUUGCUAUUCGAUUUUAUCAGACUGUAAAACCCCAUAAACCUUUAAUUAGAUUCCGUUAUGGCGUAACUGGAAACAAUCACAUACUACCUCAAGAUGCAGUUGCUCCUGUAGGUUCUGUUUUCUCAUUAGAACAUAAUGAAUUACCGUUAAGAUUUAAACGGGGACCUUUAGAUGAAGCUGAAAUUAAUGCUAUUAAUAGUGGUGGAGCAGAGUAAUUGCUAUAAUAUAAAAUUAUUUUUUAACAGUUAUCAAUUACAUUUAAUGAAUUUGUAAAAAAAAAUGUAACUAGAUAUAAAAUAUUAGUAUUAUAAUUGUAGUAAAGGUAUUAUUUCAAGUGUAUAAUUUGUUUAUGUCAUCUUUUUUAGUUGAUUUAUUAUUAAUUGUAUUAUAGUAGGAUUAAGUUUCUGAAUAGAUUAUCAUAUAUUAUUUUGUAAUAAUUUAUGAUAUUGUAUCAGAUUACAAUCACUAUAUUGAUAAUAAUUUUUAUUAAGUAUAUUUCUCCUGAAGUAACAUGAAAUAAUAACAUUAAUUUAAAGUAAAAUUAAUAUAUUUAGAGUAUUCAACAAAAUUCUAGCAAAUAUCCAUUAGAAAAUCAUAUGAAUUUGUCAGAACCCCAUAGAUUGCUCUGAAUAUGUAUUGUUUUUUUUUAUUUAAAAAAUAUACAUUACAAUAUAAUACAUAAUAUAUAUAAUUCUAUAA